UCAUUUUAUAAUCCUAUUAUUCGAAGUCGUAAAAGCACCUUAUAACCCUAUUAUGCAAAAGGCCUUUUGGAAAAAAGAGAAGAAAAAAAAAGCGUGGAACUGUUUCUCCUCGAUGUUUUCCCCUUCGCUGUUUCUGAUUGGUCGGCUGACUUGAGCAUUCAGCUAUAAAAGCAAUGACGUUCGCUUGGAUUGUUGAUUCAUCAGUCAGACGUUGCAGACAGCAGAAGUCAGCCAUAGCAGCAGUGGAUUGGACCCGACGCGCUCGUCAUCAUUCGGACAUCAUCGGCAGCAGCGCUAGCAGAGUACCGACGCAGAAGGGGAGGAAAAGAGCUUGGGCAUCCAUCGGCGAGAUUCAUUCGUUGUCAUACUUUGACAUCAGCGCAUCAGCGGUAGUGAAAAACAACACCUACCCACUCGACGUUUACCAGUGGUAGUGGUACCAGAAAGCGCAGCAGCAUCGGAAUCAAACGGCCCUUUUCAGGGCCAAGGUUACAGAGGAAGAUUUAGCCAUACAAACUACACUGUCUGGUUUCACUGAGGAGAGGAACAUUCGGAGUCCGGUCGCAGUAACAAAAUCAACCGGCCCUUUAUCAGGGCCACAGUUAAUUGAAAGUUUUCCAUUGUUACUGCUCUGUCCGGCGGCAACAGCAGCUAUCUCAGAUCCGAUUUCGGAUCGGAAUCUUCAGCAUCGGCACCGAAUCAUCGAAUACUUGGGCGGAUAACCAGUGUCAUAAUGACCCCCGGCUACGACAAUGGCGCGGCUGGUAGCAGCACACAGUCUCCAGAGAAAUUUAUCAAGAUAGUAAAACGAAGUGCGGCCAAAAAAGUAUCGGAAGAAUUGGCCAAAGUGAAAGCAGAGUUGGAAAAGACUCGUUUGGAGAAGGAAGAAUUAAGCCGGAUCCUGGCGGAUCGGGAUAAGGAGGAGAAUGAAUUUUGCCAAGCUAGAUCAAGCACGAUACGGGAGGAGCACACUGCAGAUAAUGAGACAUUGCUCACGACAAUGAACAACAUGUCACUGAGCAGUCUCAAUAUUCCAGAGUGUGUUCCGACAGCAGGUGAAACGGAAUUGAAUAAACGUGACUACGACCAUUGGAAGAACGUUCUGAACGCCUCCAUGGACCUCAUACAAGCAGUUGAUGAGUCAACGAGGAUCAAUAUAUUUCGCAUUAAGGCAGGUACAUUGCUGCUUGAGUUGCUUGACGGCACAUCAUCUAAUCCAGGGAUACCGGAUGAGAAACAGUUUCCAUAUUCGAACGCGAUUGCUCGGUUGGACGCUCACUUCGGAUCAAGAGCAUACAUGUUGUCACAACGAAGUAAGCUAGCCAAUAUGGUUCAAAGAAAGGGAGAAAUGAACAUCCAAUUCGUGAAACGGGUGGCAGCGGCGGCAAGGCUAUGCAAUUACAGAUCAGAUGAAGAAUUCGAAGCCAUUUCUCGAACAGUGACCAGAGGAUCGACGGACAGCCGUGUUAGAACUCUCUCUUACCGAGUUCUUACGGAUGGAGGAUCCUUGAACGAAUUGGUUGACCAAGUGCGUAUUCGAGAGGUUGAGCUAGAAAAUGAAAAUGACUAUCGCAGACUGCACCAACAGCAGCCGGCUACUGUAGCGGCUAUUGCACACCGCUCACAUGAAUUCGUACAGCAGCGUCGGGGUCCAUACGAAAUGCCAAGAGGAUUUGGUAACCGCCGCGGUAGAGGAUCUUUCGUUCGUGGGCCUGAGAGGAAUCAAAGGCUUGCUCAGUCAUGCUGGCGGUGCUUGAGUGCGUACCACACGUCAGAAGAAUGUUAUCACGCUGACAAGGUAUGUCGCAGCUGUAACCGUCGAGGGCAUAUUGCUCGAGCAUGCUCAACACAGGUGAAACAAGAACCACGCAAACGAGGCUGGAUGGAAGAUGAAACGGAACCACCAACGAAAAUCGCGGCUGUGCAGAAGACAGAAGAAGAUUCAGACCAUUCGAAGGUAACCGAUGUUGAAAGUGUUUAAAUUUUCGAAACUAUAAUUAUUUCAAUUUUGCUUUAAAAUGAACUCGAAUAAUAAUAAAAAGAGAGAAAACUAUGCAUAAGUAAUGGAAAAACGAAGUUUUAU